AGAUCCACAGGGAAGAAAUCUUACUGCAAAUCUACAUCAGAACUUAAAAUACACCAGAGAAUACACACAGUAGAGAAAUCUUAUGUCUGUGAUCAAUGUGGGAAGAGUUUUACUGAGUCACGCAUCCUGAAAUCACACCAGAGAACACACACAGGAGAGAAAUCUUAUGGCUGUGAUCAAUGUGGGAAGAGAUUUACUCAACCAGACAGCCUGAUAGUGCACCAGAGAAUACACACAGGAGAGAAACCUUAUAGCUGUUAUCAAUGUGGGAAGAGUUUUACUACAUCUAGCCAUCUAAUUGUACACCAGAGAACACACACAGGAGAGAAACCUUAUGGCUGUGAUGAAUGUGGGAAGAAAUUUACUGCGUCAAACUCCUUGAUAGUGCACCAGAGAGUACACACAGGAGAGAAGCCUUAUAGCUGUAGUCAAUGUGGGAAGAGUUUUACUCAACCAGACAGCCUGAUAGUGCACCAAAGAACACACACAGGAGAGAAACCUUAUAUCUGUUAUCAAUGUGGGAAGAGCUGUACUACAUCUAGCCAUCUAAUUGUACACCAGAGAACACACACAGGAGAGAAAGCUUUUAGCUGUGAUCAAUGUGGGAAGAGUUUUGGUACAUCUAGCCAUCUAAUUGUACACCAGAGAACACACACAGGAAAGAAACCUUAUAGCUGUGGGCAAUGUGGGAAGAGUUUUGGUCAAUCUGGCCAUCUGACAGUGCACCAGAGAAGACACACAGGAGAGAAACCUUAUAGCUGUGGGCAAUGUGGGAAGAGUUUUGGUCAAUCUGGCCAUCUGACAGUGCACCAGAGAAGACACACAGGAGAGAAACCUUAUAGCUGUUAUCAAUGUGGGAAGAGUUGUACUACAUCUAGCCAGCUAAUUGUACACCAGAGAACACACACAGGGGAGAAACUUUGUAGCUGUGAUCAAUGUGACAAGAGAUUCUCCGAUAAAAGACAUCUGAUCAAACAUCAGAAAAUACAUUCAUGAAGGAAUUGUUUCAUGAUAUCAGUGAAAUAUCCCACCUAGCAAAAUGUAAUUGAAAAGACGUUGAAAAAAAGACUAUGCUCGAAGUCCAAUAUUCGUUCCGUGUUUGUUGAAAGUUGAAAAUAUGUAUUUUCAGGUCGUUUUUUUCAAUGACUUGAAAACAACUUAAUUUCAACGUACUUGCAGCCUAAACACAUGGAUGCAGUAUAAUA